GAAAGAUAACUCUCUUGAAAAAAUGGCUGCCUGGAAGAAAAUUUCGUCUGCCGUCAACAGAAUUUUACAGAAUCCAGUCCUUAGAAUACAACAAACAAGAUGUUGUUCAUACUUUCCCAUCGACGACAACUUAUUUGGUUUGACAGAAGAACAGAAACAGCUGCGACAAAGCGUUUUUCAGUUCACACAGAAGGAACUUGCGCCGAAAGCAGCCGAGAUAGACAAAAGUAAUGAGUUCAAAGAUAUGCGAUCUUUCUGGCUUGAAUGUGGUAAAUUGGGUCUUCAUGGAAUCACUGUCCCUAGUGAGUAUGGUGGUGCUGAAAUGUCUUAUCUUGACCACUGUCUUGUAAUGGAAGAAAUGUCUAGAGCAUCGGCAGGCAUUGCCCUGAGUUAUGGAGCCCACUCAAACCUGUGCAUCAAUCAGCUUGUUCGAAAUGGUAAUGAGGAACAGAAAACGAAAUAUCUACCAAAAUUAAUUACUGGUGAGCAUGUUGGAGCAUUGGCCAUGAGUGAACCGAACAGCGGCUCUGAUGUUGUAUCAAUGAAACUGAGAGCAGAAGAUAAAGGCGAUCAUUUUGUACUUAAUGGAAACAAAUUUUGGAUAACAAAUGGACCGGAUGCAGAUGUUUUGAUUGUCUAUGCUAAAACUGACACAAGUGCUAAAACAAAACCACAACAUGGAAUAAGCGCUUUCAUUGUAGAGAAAGAUUACCCAGGAUUUCGAACAGCUCAGAAAUUGGAUAAACUUGGAAUGAGGGGAUCAAAUACAUCAGAACUUGUUUUUGAAGACUGUAAAGUUCCGGCAAAAAAUAUGCUAGGAGAGAGAAAUAAGGGUGUGUAUGUUUUGAUGAGUGGUUUAGACAUAGAGAGAUGUUUAUUGUCAGCAGGCCCCUUAGGUAUCAUGCAAGCUUGUUGUGAUGUUGCAUUUGAUUAUGCUCAUGUAAGAGAAUGCUUUGGAACAAAAAUUGGACACUUCCAACUCAUUCAGGGAAAAAUGGCUGACAUGUACACAACUCUUAAUGCAUGUCGUUCCUAUGUCUAUAACGUAGCUAGAGCACUUGACAGAGGUGAACGUCAUCCAAAUGAUUGUGCCGGGGUUAUUCUUUACACAGCCGAGGCAGCGACACAAAUGGCAUUGAAUGCUAUACAGAUUUUGGGUGGAAAUGGUUACAUCAACGAUUAUCCAACAGGCAGAUUAUUGAGAGAUGCUAAACUUUAUGAAAUUGGAGCUGGUACAAGUGAAGUUAGAAGAUUGAUUAUUGCACGAGCUAUAAAUGCACAAUACCGAUAAUAAAUAAUACUUUUAUAUAGCCCCCAGUUAAUACUAGAAUGAACUCCUUAUUAAGUUAUAGUAAUCUGUAAAUCUUAUAGUCAUUGUAAUGGGUAUUCGAUUUAACUUUACUUGUAUUUUAUUGAAAUUAUUAAUUUUUAUUGCCUUACGUUAGGGUUACCUUGGUGUUAAUUUUAAUGAGGAACUGAGGUAAGGUAACAAUCAUUUAUCAAAAAUUUUUGGGAUGUACAAUAUGUAGCUACAUGUAUUUUGUAUAUUAAAGAAUUUGUAUCAACUACUUGUACAUUUCUUUAAUCGGGUAUUAUAAAAUUAUAUACUAUGUGGGACAGAAGUUGAAAAUAAUACCUGUUGAGAUUGUGAAAUUAUAGUUAAUUAUGUAUUUUAUUACAUGUGAUAUUACAUACACUUAUGGUGCUUAUACUGAAAUAGCCUAAUAUGGAACGUAAAAAAAAAGUGGGAGAUAUAAAUAAAUGUAAAUAUUGAGAAUGUAGACCUGAUGAAGUGGGGGUGUUGAACUGUGUGUAAAGAAGAAUAAAUUAAUUUGUGAAUAUA